AUGCCGCCAUUAGAAUGGCUAGGGAUACUGGUGCUGUUCACCCACGUCGCUGGACAAACGCAACAGAAAGUCCGGCAAACGGGAUACGUUUACGACGUACCAAAAAUACCAUUCGCGUUUCCAAACUCCAACUCCAAUCCACCGAUAUAUCCAACGAACCCUGCUCCGCCACCUACAGAUGCAACCUCGUAUACACUGGCAGCUGCGCCGCCUAUACCGACAACACCACCACCUCCGCGGCGGCCGUCUCCACCGUUUUCAAUUCCACCGUCACAACCGAAAUACGUUAGCCCAGCAUCGUUGCCACCGCAGUCGCCGCCUUCGACGUCAGCACCGAUAUACCUACCACCGAUUGGUCAAGGGGGCCUUCAGCGAGACGAUCAAGAGCCUGUCUCCUUUGCAAAGAACACAGCGUCCGCAACAGCGUCCGCUGGUGUAGUGAAAAUAACCGGUCCACUCGCCGUGACAAAUGGAAAUUAUCCUACUACUACGAGCGCUGCGCCAACGUUUCCGUCGUACAACUCGAGAAUCCCCAUCGCAUCGUCGAGCUACGAUUAUUCGACUUCAUCUCCAACUCGGAAUUAUAACAAUUCACCUAUUAAAAUAACUUUACCCACAUCCACUUACUCUCCCUCGACUCCUAGGCCGAAUUAUCCAGCUGCGCAGCCAUCUUCUUAUCUGCCGCCGGUUCCCAAUCCAAGCUAUCCAUCUCCAGCCUCUCAACAAUCGUAUCCUUCGCAACCUCCUACAUCGGUUUAUGGUCCUCCGCAACGACCCACCUAUCCGAAACCACAACCUAGUUAUCCUUCAGCAAUUGCUCAGCCGAGUUAUCCUUCGCCAGCUUCGAAACCAAGUUUCCCUUCCUUGCCUCGUCAGCCCUCGUAUCCGUCUUCUCAGCAAAGUAAUCUCCCACCGAAAGCUAACGCGAAUUAUCCUAUGCCUCAAUCGAGCUUCCCUACUUCAACUUCUAACCCAAGUUACCCUGCACCACAAUCCCAGCCUGAUUAUCCGAAAUCAAAUUAUCCUUCAAACUUCCUUAGUUCUAAGUAUCCUUCAAACAAUGCAGCUUCUGUUGGACGACAAGAAAAUGUGAUGUAUCUUCCCCCGUAG